AUGGCUAAGUCUCUCCGCGCCAAGACGCAUCUUAAGGCGAAAUCAGUGAAACGCAAGGGCGUAUUCCAGAAGACUACCGAUGAGCGCGCUCAACGCCUCGCUGAGAAGUUGAAGUCGAACCUGCUCGAGCAGAAAGCGGGGGCCCAGCCGGAUGGGAAGAUGGAAAUAGACGGGGAUAGUACAGCAAGCACGGAGAAGGUCGCGAAGGUGAGCACCUCCGGCUGGAGGGACGCCAGGCACCUGAAUUACAAAAGAGCCAAGAAGUUGAGAAAAACGAAGCACAAGGGCUCCUUUGUCAAGUUCUAG